GGAUUGGAUUGGAUGAGCUUGCAUCGGAUCGAUCCUCUUCGAGUCUUCUUUUCUUUCUCUCUCUCUCUCUCCCCACCCCACCCUCAAAAAAAAAGUCUUCUUUUCUUUCGCCAAAAAAAAAAUUAAAGCAAGGCAUCGGACCGAUCCCUCCUCCACCACAAAAAUUAAACUCCCUGCCUGCUGCCACCGUACCAUAUAUGCAUAUGUCCUCGUCGUGGCUCCACUACUCCGACCGCCGGGGGCCUCGCUCCUGGACGGCACGCGCGCUCUCCUCCUGCUCGCUCCCGCCGCCCGCCCUGCUCGCCUUCUUCGCCAUCGUCGUCUUCUUCCUCGCCGUCUCCGGCUACGUCGACUACAAGGCCAUCGAGCGCCGCGCCGAGAUCGGUGCCCGCGUCUUCGCCGCGCCGCUCGCCCUCGCCGCCGCCUUCCUCCUCUUCGCUGCGCUCAGCUGGCGCCGCAGGUACUGGCAGGCCACCAUCAGGAGGCGGCGUGCCCACCAACACCACCUGACGACGCCUGCUCCGCCGGCUACCAGCGGCUCGCCCUGGGGCGUGGCGCUGGCGGUGGCCAUACUGCUGCUCAUGGUGUCGUUCCAGCCCGCCGUCCACUCCAUGUGGUUCAGGCCCCUCUGGGACACCGACGACUACUAGCUAGCGAUAGCAUUACCAAUUUAGCAUGCAUGCGCCCGCCAUCUGCUGCUUUCACUCCAUCAUCCCAUGGCCCUGCCUCUUGUUAAUUAGUUACUAGUAAAUUAUUAGUAAAAACUAUAUAUAUCUGCUGUGGCAAGUCCCUAGCUAGCUAGUGUGUGUGGAAUGGAACAAGACAUCUGUUAUCCAUAUAUCUGCUGCUUUAUUUGUGUUUUGCGCCUGCUUGCUUUUGUUUCGUCGAUUUGCGCUACAUGUAUACAUACUGUAGUAGUAUAUGUGUUUUCAUCCCCACGAUGUUAUGUAAGAGAGCCUAAUUAAUGAUUCUGUUUUCCCCC